UCAUUUUGCAUUUUUUUUCUUAUCGUCUCUAGAUCAUUGACACAUUUAUCCAAAACAGUCACAAGUUUUUGAACCAUUUUCCUCUUCCUUCUCUAAUCCUUACUUCUUUCAAAUUCAAAGUAAGAAAGUGAAACGUGAAUUGGUAUGAUUUUUAGGAAUUUUUCAGGAAAUGUAGAUAACUUCAAUUCAACAUAGCAUGGGUUGGUGAUUUUUUUCCCUGCAGCAAGUUUCCUUAUUAGAGAUUUAAAACUUGAUUUUUCGAUUCCACAUCUACCAAGAAUAUCCAACAAGAAGCUCACAUUAUAGUUCAUACAUAGAGUCAGCAUAUCUGAGAAUUGAAAUGUCCAACAACAAGAUGAAAGGCCUUCUAAAAGGCCUAAGAUACAUUUCUCAAAUAUUUGAUAAUGAAAAAGAACCUGAAAUGGAGAUUGGUUUUCCCACAGAUGUGAAGCAUGUUGCCCAUAUAGGAUGGGAUGGUCCAUCAGUACAUUCUCCUAGCUGGAUGAAUGAAUUUAAAGCACCACCAGGCUUUUCAUCAGCACCAUUAAGUCAUCCAGGAGACAAGAAAGAGGAAACUGGAAUCCAAUGGGUCUCCGAAGAUUCAACUAGAAGACCUGCACGGGCUCCAAAUUCUCCGGCAAGGGACUUGCCAGAAUUGCCUAGGUCGUCAAGACGCAGCGCAUCAUCAAGCAUUGCUGUAACUGGAUCCCCUAGCAGGGAAAAAACAGAAAAAUCAAGACAAUCAAGGAGGUCAUCUAAAAGUUCCAAGGAAUCAACUGAUGCUACCCAACUGAACCGGCUACCCAUCGAACCAGGCCUAGCAAGUGUGUCAAGCUUAGAGAGUGUGUCACCUGCACACAGCCUUCCAGACGUCCCUAAAAAGAUCAGGAGGAAGAAAUCUAAAGACUGUGGUGGUUCCACAAGAUCAUCAAGAUUGAAACCCCCAGCUCCUGAGACAUAUCAAUCUCCAUUCUCGGAUCCAGGACCUGGAUCCGGAUCAGUUUCCACAUCAAGGAACAGUGAGCUUCGCCCAAACGCUUUUGAAGAUGGAACACCAAAAGGAUACGCAGGAAUCUUUUGAACAUUAUUUUUCUGUACUUUAUACUGGUAGAUAGAACUAUGCUUAGUUGAAACUAAACAGAUUUUUUGUUUUUUGUUUUUUGUUUUUUUUUUUUUUUCAUGGAGCCUUGUAUGAGCCUUCUGCUGGAGAUAAUUCUCUUUUUUUUGU